AUGGCAGCCUUGCAGCUGUUACAAGUCGAAUUUAUCAACCCCACAGGCUUUGAUGUUGCGCGUUAUAUUGGUCAAAGCCUCCCGCAUCGCGCGGCGCAGGCGAAUACAAAGCUAAAAACAUACAAGUCGUGGGACCUCUAUUGUCAAGGGUUCACGCGUCGGACCCUUGAAGAGGGGAGUUUUGCAAUUGCCCGGUAUUAUCAGCUGGAGGUAAUCAGUACCGACAACGAUAUAGACCCCUUGGCCUUCACGACUCCCAUCGCCCAUCGGACACGCGGGCGUGAGCUCAGCAGACGUCUUGCGAACGUGCAUUUGGAGACGCCUUCGAAGUCCAGCAAAAUUUCCAAGUCCCUGGACAUUGAAGAGUUUGGGCUUGAGGAACCUCCAGCUAUUCCGGAGGAUUUGAACUCAGAGUCCCCAAGCCCAUUUCAGGAGAUAUCACCUGCGGCCAGAGAGCUCGAGAAUGUCCUGUAUCCUCCUACGAAAGAUGAGCAAAUCGUCAAUUGCGCAUUGGUUAUCUUUUUGAAUGCUUUGACCCUUGACCUUGAGUUUACCAAUAAGUGGACAUUGCAUAGAAAAGCCUUCAAAGCUAGUUUUGAAGCAAGAACUGAUGGCUAUCUUGAAGAUCGCCAAGGCAAUGCCAAAGUGAUCAUUGAAGUGAAGCCCGUGAAGCGCUCAAGGAAACUGCCGCUUAUCCAAAUGCAGGAGAGCGCUCAGGUGGUGGCUUGGAUAAAAAGCGACGAUGAAAAGCUCGAUGAGGAAAAGAUGAUGCGCAUAAUUGUGUCCCAGGGUCGACAUGAAACAUAUGUGACAGUUGCCGAGUACGACGAAAACUACAUCGAAUAUCUGAACUCUCCCGACACUGGCAACCUUCCCCGAUCCUUCAUGACUAUGCACCAAUUCGGUCCCUGGAAUACGUUAGAUCUCAGUCACAUUCGUUACCUUGGACCUGUCCUUCUCGCGACAUCCCUCCAAGCCGAAGACAUGAAGAACAAAACUUGA